UGGAGGGCCAGUGAAUGGGGUUUGGCAGGGUGACUUUCAACCUUCAACAGUCACCUGGUGUGCUGUGGGGAAGAACCUAGAGGAUCACUUCUUUUCUGAUGGAGAAGAGCAAUCUCUCUUUGAUCCUCCUCCAAGUCAAGUUUCUCCUCACUGCCUAGAAAAAUACCUAAUUCCAAGGACUGAUGCGUCCUCAUCAAAAGUCUUUCUUUUGGGGGCAGUGGGAGAAAGCUAAAGGCAUAUAGAAAAGGACUAAUAGUGGAAGGAAAGAAAAGAUAAAGGGGAGCAAAUGUGGAAACCCUCAAACCAGGAAUAGAAAAGAGAAAGAAGGCAGGAUGAACGGGAAGGGAAAGAUCAUGGAAAAUAAAAAGCCCAGGGGAAUAAGAAGAGAGAAAGAGAGAAAAGAAAACAGUGAUUUAUUGUUAAGAAAAGUGUCUCUCCUAAGUCCUCUAGGUCAAGAAGUCAGACAAGGGGCAGAGCACGGAAAGGAAGCAGCAGAACAUGGAAAGCAGGUAACGGACACCCAGUGCGUGAUCCCGGAGACGCAGGAGUUCAGCCCCAUGGGACUGAGAGUCCACACCGUGUUGGCCUCUACCCUGGUGUAUUUCAUCCAGCUUCCUUGGGCAAGAUGUGAGGAGAGCUGUGUCAGUCCUGAACAUUGCCUGACCACAGAUUGGGUACAUCUCUGGUACAUAUGGUUGCUGGUGGUAAUUGGCGCCCUGCUUCUCCUGUGUGGCCUGACUUCUGUGUGCUUCCGCUGCUGCCUGAGUCGCCAGCAAAAUGGGGAAGAUGAGGGCCGGCCACCCUACGAAGUGACAGUCAUCGCUUUUGAUCAUGAUAGCACUCUCCAGAGCACGAUCACCUCCCUGCAGUCAGUGUUUGGCCCGGCGGCUCGGAGAAUCCUGGCGGUGGCCCACUCGCACAGCCCGCUGGGCCAGCUGCCCUCCUCCGUGGACACCCUCCCAGGGUAUGAGGAAGCUCUUCACAUGAGUCGCUUCACAGUGGCCAGGUGUGGGCCGAAAGCACCUGACCUACCCUCAGUGCCAGAAGAGAAGCAGCUGCCUCCGGUGGAGAAGGUGUCUCCUCAAGGAGAACACGCUCCAAAUUGAUGGGAACUUCGCUUUUAUAAAUGGGGCGGGGGCAUCCGCAGAGUCGGUAAAGAUAGACAAAUGGAACAUUUUCUGCUACCUUUCAGAAGAUUUAGGAUGAAUCCAAACAUCAUCUAGUGGAAAACAUGGAUUCCAACACUUCAUUUCCAGCCACAUAUAUUUUCCGAUAAGGAAUGCUCUAAUCGAGAACUCUCCUUAUUUAUCCAAUACCAAAAUUUGCAACUAACCUCUAGCAAUGUGUCAAAGAUUUCUUGAAUUCCUUCAGCUAUUGAGUUCCUUUACCCACAUGAUACUGCAAGUUGCUCUUCUCUACCAGCGCCUGGGUAGAAUACACUUGAGGAGCCAUAAGCAUUAAUAUACCAAAUUCACUUUUCCUCUUGAGGGAACACCCACUUUGACACUGAAUGACAAUGGUCAUCUUGGACAUCAUGUAAUAUCUAACUGGACAUCCAUAAUCCAGGGGUGGGAUUGCAGUGUGGGCUAGGAGAGCACAGUAUAUAUUGAAAUGC